AUGGCUUUCUUGAUGAAGAAGAAGAAGUUCAAAUUCCAGACCACGUUCACCCUGGAGGAGUUGACGGCGGUCCCCUUCGUGAACGGGGUCCUCUUCUGCAAGGUCCGGCUGCUGGAUGGCGGGGAUUUUGUCAGCUUGUCGUCCAGGGAGGAGGUGCAGGAGAACUGCGUGCGCUGGCGGAAGCGGUUCACCUUCGUGUGUAAGAUGAGCGCCAACCCGGCCACCGGCCUGCUGGACCCCUGCAUCUUCCGGGUGUCGGUUCGCAAGGAGCUGAAAGGUGGGAAGACUUAUUCCAAGCUGGGCUUUGCCGACUUGAACCUGGCCGAGUUUGCAGGCUCGGGCUCCACCGUGCGCUGCUGCCUGCUGGAGGGGUAUGACACGAAGAACACCCGCCAGGACAACUCGAUCCUCAAGGUCACCAUCGGGAUGUUCCUGCUCUCUGGAGACCCCUGCUUCAAGACGCCGCCGUCCACUGCCAAGUCCAUCUCCAUCCCAGGCCAGGAUUCCUCCUUGCAGCUGACGUGUAAGGGAGGCGGGACCAGCAGCAGUUGCAGCAGCAGCACCAACUCCCUGACAGGGUCCCGGCCCCAUAAGGCCCGGCCCACCAUUCUCAGCUCAGGGCUUCCGGAGGAGACAGACCAGAACCUGUCCAGCCCCGAGGAGGUGUUCCACUCUGGCCACUCCCGCAACUCCAGCUACGCCAGCCAGCAGUCCAAGAUCUCUGGCUACAGCACGGAGCACUCCCGCUCCUCCAGCCUCUCCGACCUGACGCACCGUCGCAACACGUCCACCAGCAGCAGCGCCUCCGGUGGCCUCAGCAUGACGGUGGAGGGCCCCGAGGGGGGCGAGCGUGAGCACCGGCCCCCCGAGAAGCCGCCCCGGCCGCCCCGGCCUGCGCAUCUGUCAGACCGCUCGUUCCGGCGGAAGAAGGACUCGGUGGAGAGCCACCCGACCUGGGUGGAUGACACGCGGAUCGACGCCGACGACAUCGUGGAAAAGAUCAUGCAGAGCCAGGACUUCACCGACGGCAGCAACACGGAGGACAGCAACCUCCGGCUGUUCGUGAGCCGCGAUGGCUCCACCACGCUGAGCGGCAUCCAGCUGGCCAACAGGGUCUCCUCUGGGGUGUACGAGCCAGUCGUGAUUGAAAGCCAUUGA